CAUGCCUCCCCUCCUUCAGGGAUGUUCUCCCUUCCUCAGAAGGAAUCCAGGACACCUACCACCUGUCCGGGUUCAGUCUCCACACGAGGCCUGCAUAGUAUCUAUGGGGAUGGUCUGGAAAGAGAAGCCUCCAGAAAACCAGACCAGAAGCUGCUCUAUGGCGUGGGUGAUCCCACUGCCAUGUUCUCCUCCGACAGUCCCCACUUGUCCUCUAGAGGAAGCAUCAUUAAAUGGUUCUGGGAUUCAGCUGAGCAGGGCUACCGGACCUACCACAUGGAUGAGUAUGAUGAGGAUAAGAACCCUGGCGGCAUCAUUAACCUGGGCACCAGUGAGAACAAACUCUGCUUUGACCUGCUGUCCAGGAGGCUGAGUCAGAGCGACAUGCUGAGGGUGGAGCCGUCCCUGCUGCAGUACCCUGACUGGAGGGGACAUCUGUUCCUCCGGGAGGAAGUGGCCAGCUUCCUGUCUUUCUACUGCAAGAGCCCUGCACCCCUUAAACCAGAGAAUGUGGUUGUUCUCAAUGGCUGUGCCUCUCUCUUCUCUGCUCUGGCUACAGUGCUGUGUGAGGUGGGGGAGGCUUUCCUGAUCCCUGCCCCUUACUACGGAGCCAUCAUGCAGCACGUGUAUCUCUAUGGCAACGUCCGACUGGUCUGUGUCUAUCUGGACAGUGAGGUCACUGGGUUGGAGACACACCCGUUCCAGCUCACAGUGGAGAAGCUGGAGAUGGCCCUGCAAGGAGCUAUUUCUGAGGGUGUGAAGGUCAAAGGCCUCAUCCUCAUCAACCCUCAGAAUCCUCUGGGUGACAUCUACUCCCCAGGAGAGCUGCGGGAGUACCUGGAAUUUGCCAAGAGGCAUGCGCUGCACGUGAUGGUGGAUGAGGUCUACAUGCUGUCCGUGUUUGAGGAGUCAGUUGGGUACCGCAGUGUCCUGAGCCUGGAAGGGCUGCCCGACCCCCAGAGGACCCAUGUGAUGUGGGCAACCAGCAAGGACUUUGGGAUGUCUGGGCUCCGCUUCGGCACGCUGUACACAGAAAACCAGGACGUGGCCACUGCGGUGGCCUCCCUCUGCCGCUAUCACGGCCUCAGUGGCUUUGUUCAGUACCAGAUGGCACAGCUGCUCCGGGACCGUGACUGGAUCAACCAAGUGUACCUGCCAGAAAACCACGCCCGGCUCAAGGCCGCCCACACCUAUGUCUCUAAAGAGCUCCGGGCCCUGGGGGUCCCCUUCCUGAGCCGUGGGGCCGGCUUCUUCAUCUGGGUCGACUUGAGGAAGUUCCUGCCGGAGGCCACCUUUGAGGAGGAGAGGCUGCUCUGGUGCCGCUUUUUGGAGAACAAGGUGCUGCUGUCCUUUGGCAAAGCCUUCGAGUGCAAAGAGCCUGGCUGGUUCCGCUUGGUCUUCUCCGAUAAGGCCCACCGGCUUCGCCUGGGGAUGCAGAGGAUCCGGCAGGUGCUUGAGGGCGAAUCCCAGGUGGCAGAGGACCCCCCUUCCUGCCAGACCCAGGAGCCCAGGGGCUCGCACAGGUGAGCUGGUUGUUGCCUCGUGGCUGCAGGGCCUGGCAGCCACUGUGAAGACUGAUGGUGGAUGAGCCGUUUGCCAGGCUGAUGACCCUUCUUGGCCUUGCCUUUGAAGAAGAACUGCUCCUGGCCUCUCCUGGUGGCAGUAUGAGAUACUCCUUAAGUUGUGGUUCCACCUGGCCCACCCCUCCCCCUGCCCAACUAUUAAACUAAACUGGGAGAAACUGGAA